AUGUCGAGGCCCCUCGCGCAGCUCCUGCCGCCGGACCUCCCCGCCGGGGCCGCCAGCCCGCAGUUCGGGGCCAGCAACCCGGCCGGAAGUGGCCCCCAGGGCGGCCACCUGACCUCCAUGACCAGCCUCAAGUCCCUGCUGCAGCUGCCCAUCAAGGCCGACCAGAGGGGCCCCAAGGACUGUUGCGAGAUGAAGGACAAAGACAAGCCCCUGGACUCGGACGAAGACUCGGUGGGCAUCAGCGCCGGCGGGCCCGGCGGGGUCGGGGGCGCCGGCUCUGGCUCGCUGAGACCCAACUCCCAGUCGGCGUUCCUGGGCCCGCUGCUGUGGGAGAGGACCCUGCCCUGUGACGGGGGCCUCUUCCAGCUGCAGUACAUGGACCUGGAGGAGUUCCUGACCGAAAACGGGAUGGGGAUGCACAGCAACGGGCCCAGCUCCGCCAGCGCCCAGAUCCCCUCCCAGAGCUCCCAGUCCGCCGUGCCCAACCAGAGCUCCCAGUGCCCUCCCACGUCUCCUCCACCCUGUUCGUCCUCUUCAUCCUCCAUGUCCUCCUCAUCCUCCUCUUCCUCACUCCUCGGAUUGGAGACCGUCCAGCCACAGCCACCCCCGCCCCCACCUCAGCAGCAGCAGCAGCAGCAGCAGCAGCAGAGCAUUAUGGGAGGCCCAGAGUGUCUACACGGACGCCUUUCAUCUGAACCAGAACUGCCAGAAUAUCAGACGGGCAUUUCUUUCUUUCGGCUGUCACGAGCCCGAAUGGGAAGCAUCUCCACGCAGAGGGAGAAGAAGGGAAAGAGUGACGUGGUGCUCAGCACGAUCGGAUUCUGA